CCCGCCUAGCUGUCCAGUUCGCAGCAAGACUCCAGCUAGCGCAGACUCGUCAACAACGAGAACUAGGGACCUGUGUGCACACAGGCCUCUUCCAGCUACUGUUAUUAUAUGUUCGUGUGCGGGGGCGUACCUAUGAUGAUGAGGAACUCCGCGCUCCUGAAGUGGGCGCAAAACAACAACAAACAAACUGUCAAGGAAGGAAAUAGGAACUGGAUCCAUCCGCCAGAUGCUCUGCAGCGCGGCCACAUCGCCUAUCUAGUCAAGUUCUUGGGAAAUACAGAAGUAGAUCAGCCCAAGGGCAUUACUGUAGUGAAAGAGAGCAUACGGAAGCUGAAAUUUUGCCAGCAGCUUAGGAAAGCUGAAGGCAACAAAACUCCUAAAGUUGAACUGACGAUCAGCAUUGAUGGUGUAGCCAUACAGACACCAAAAACUAAGGUAAUAAUGCAUCAGUAUCCUCUCCAUCGCAUAUCAUAUUGUGCAGAUGAUAAAGGAGAGAAAAAGUUCUUCAGUUUCAUAGCCAAAGAAGCAGAUUCUGAAACGCAUAACUGCUUUGUGUUUGUCAGUGACAAACUGGCAGAAGAAAUCACACUGACUAUUGGGCAAGCCUUUGACUUAGCCUACCGAAGGUUUUUAGAGACAUCAGGGAAAGAUUUGGAAGUGCAGCGUAGGCUUGUGUUGUUAACACAAAGAAACUGCAAGUUGGAAAAAGAAGUCUCUGUUCUUCGGCAGAGGUUAAAUGAUAUUGCACAAAUUAAAGGCCAGAGUGAUGUUGAGGAAUACAUGGUGAAGAAUGGAAUAAGUGACUUACUUACAGUAAACCAUUCCAACAGUAGCUCAAGUUCAGCAAGCUCACCCACACCUGAAAUGUCACAAGUGGAAGUUCUAGCAUCUGUACAGAGCACUGACAACAAAGAGAACGGUGCCUUGCUGAACUUCAGCUCUAGUUCAAGUAAUGGAUUCAGCAGCACUCCUCAGUUACCAUCAGCAAGUUCACUACAGCCACCACCAGUACCACCAAGGGCUUUUGAAGCUCCAAAACCAUCAUUUGGAGAUGACUUCAUGAGUGAACAACCUGCAGUUGGGAGGAAAUUGGAAGGUCUGUUACUAGAUGAAAUAGAAGACUUCAAUCCACGAGCACAUGAGCAGCCUGUGAAUGGAUCAUCUUCACCUCCACCAUUGUUGGCACCACCACCGAAGGCAGCUAGAGAGGUACCACGUCGUGUGUUCACUCAGAACAAUGGUUCACCGGACAUCUUUAAAGAAGAUUUAUUUGGCUCCACGCCUUUCAAUCCUGCAGCAUCACAAAGCCACAUACCACCAGCUGGUACUGUACUACCCCACUCCAGUCCAAACCCACCUGUUGCCUGUGACCCAUUUGGUAUGGGAGACUUCGGUGGCACCAGCAAUGUUGGCACUUCCCAGCAGGAGCUAGAGAAUGCAAUUGGGCUUAUAGACAAACGCAUUUUGGAAAUGAAGGAUGGUUUUAGCAGAGGGCUUUCUUUUGGCAAUGAUGAUUUCUCUCUUGAAAGCCUUGACCCACUGCGCAACUGAUUUACCAUAAACAUGGAAAAAACUGAGUCUCCAAUGGACACUGAUACUAUAUAUCUAAUUUAUAUUAGUUACUUGGAUAACAUAUAUAAAAUCAAUAAUUAUUGAACUGUGUUUUAAGUAAUUGCAUUGUCCAGUAUACUGUAUUGUGUCCAGUAUAUUCUUCACAUAAAGCUUGUAUGAAAUGAAAUGUAUUACUUGCGAGGUAUAAAUUCUUGCAUUAGAGAGAAAUUAUGUUAAAGAUAAUGCAUUUUAUGCAUUUACAACAGUGAUUAUUUCAUGUUAACCUACAUGUGUAUAUAAGUAUAGUAAUGAAAAUGUAUUCAUUUUAUCUAAGGAUAAAUAUCAUGUUAAGUUCAUAAAUCAGAAGUUCUGGAACAUUAAUGCAUGUCACUAAGCAUCUUCAUGCAGUGUUUGCAGAGAGCCAAAGCUUUUAAUUAUACUCAGUUUGUGUGAUAGAUGUUAAAGGUGAAAUACUGUGAUCUCUAGUUCCUUCAACAAUUAGGUGCAUAUUCACCCCAGGAGCAUAUUUAAAAACAUUAAAUCCAUUGUGAGCAGUAUUGAAAUGGAAACUACGCACAGUUUAUUGCCAUUCAGAAAAUUUCAGUAUUAAAGUUGGUAAUAUUUUCGUCUGUGCAGAUUCUUCAUUUUAAUGUAACAUAAAUUUCUUAAAUCAGUGGAAAAUUUAUUUGUUGUAAAAGUAUUUUGUAAAAUAAAAACUAUUGAACUGUU